CCCAUGCUAAAGAGGGAUUGACCAGCCUGGACGUGAUCAUGCGUCUUUCAGAAUGUGAUGAUCGCCUUUUGAGGUGCCUGAUUGCGGUCGAUGGGAGACCCAGUGGGGGAGCUGGAUGACCUGCAGAUCAGGGCUAGGGCACAUGAAGCGGGUCACAAAAGGGGAAAAGGCAAGGAAUGGUGAAAGUAUGGUCAAAAGAUGGCGAGAGAUGGGAAAAGAUGAUAAAGGAAUCACCGGGUAGACACGGUCAAAUAUUUGCGAUACCGUCUCCGGGAACGGGAUGCGCAAUCUGUGCGGGCAUUAGUCUGUUCAGAUGCCCAGGCGGGCGCGUCACUUCACCGCCUUCUGGUCGGUCCCUCUAAUUGAUUGUUGUCCUGGGCCAUCAAACAUUUGCUGGUGCUCGGGUAGGCCCGGGACUAGUCCUUAUGAGGAAGCUGUCCAGGGGUAUCCACUUGAAGCCCGCCUGGGGACUCCGAAUGCGCACCGAAGGAAUAUU